CGGCGCUGGCUCAGUGGCGAGCCGGCCGCGUUCGCUCCCGGUCCGGGGCCAGCUGCCGGGAUGGGGCGCUACUCGGGCAAGACCUGCCGCCUGAUCUUCAUGCUGGUGCUGACCGCCGGCUUCUUCGUGGCCGAGCUGGUCUCCGGCUACCUGGGCAACUCCAUCGCGCUGGUGUCGGACUCGUUCAACAUGCUGUCGGACCUCAUCUCGCUGUGCGUGGGCAUCGCCACCGGGCGCAUCGCCCGCCGCGCCCGCCGGGGCCCCGGCGCCACCUACGGCUACGGCCGCGCCGAGGCGGUGGGGGCGCUGAGCAACGCCGUCUUCCUCACCGCCCUCUGCUUCACCAUCCUGGUGGAGGCGGUGCUGCGCCUGGCCCGGCCCGAGCGCAUCGACGGCCCCGAGCUGGUGCUCAUCGUGGGGGCGCUGGGCCUGGCCGUCAACGUGGUGGGGCUGCUCAUCUUCCAGGACUGGGGCUCCUGCUGCAGCCGCUUGCAGCCCCGCGCCGCCACCCCAGAGCAGCUCCAGGCGGUGCCCGGCGCCGGGCGGGAGGAGGCGGCCGUGGUGGAGUGUCAGGAGGCUGUUGAAGCAGGUGAUUCCCUGAACACUCAGAAAAGGCCUGAAGAGCAGACAGUACAGAAAAAAGAGAAAAAGUCUGAAGCUUUGAACAUCAGAGGUGUUCUUUUACAUGUGAUGGGAGAUGCACUUGGAUCUGUGGUCGUGGUAGUUGCUGCUGCAAUAUUCUAUGCACUUCCCCUGGAUGCCAAUACUCCAUGUAACUGGCAGUGUUACAUUGAUCCAAGCCUGACGUUAGUUAUGGUGGUCAUCAUUUUGUCCUCUGCCUUCCCACUUAUCAAAGAGACCGCAACCAUUUUGCUGCAGAUGGUUCCCAAAGGUGUUAAUAUGCAAGGACUGACGGAAAGACUAACUGAUGUGCCAGGGGUUAGCAGUCUUCAUGAGGUGCAUGUCUGGGAACUGGCAGGUGGGAAGAAUAUUGCUACCCUUCAUGUCAAGUGCCAAACCACUUCUGAUUACCAAGAUGUCUCUUAUAAAAUGCGGGAGGUUUUCCACGAAGCAGGGAUCCAUUCUGUAACCAUCCAACCGGAGUACAUUGACCACAAGGCCUCUGAGCUAAUAUGCAGCUCACCCUGUAUCUCAAAAGCUUGUGCUUCUCAGUUGUGUUGCCCUCAGCAGGAAGUUGCACUUAACCAUUAUCAUGAGUAUCUUGAGAAAAAUGGCCUUUCCCCAACACUGCAUAAAGACGAUAGUUUAAAUAAAAAUGGUGUUGAAAUUCCUAUUGAGCAUACAUUGGCAGGGGCUGUAAUUAAAAAUACAGACAAUUGUAAAAAAUCAGAUGACAAAUCAUAUCUACACAGUACACACUUUUAAAACUGUUAAUUUUACACUUCAUAAUCUCUGUAUAGAACAAAGCCUAAUGGCCAAAAAAGUCAGAGGCCAUUGGUUGGAGCUGAAGAGUGCGUUGGAAAAGCCAUCUCUGUUGUAGCUAUAAACCAAAACAUAUGUAAAAACCUGUUAUCUGAAAUAAGGAUUAUUAUCAUCUUAAUUUUUUGCAUUCACCUAAAAUAGUUAUUAUGCAAUUUAGCACUAAUUUCUUGAGCUAACUAGAUGGGACUUUUUAUUUUUAGAGUAUAGCAGGUGUACUGCAGUGUAGACCGAUGCUCGCAGUUUAUGGCCAAUGGCACUGGGAAUUAAACUCUGGUCUUUUUACUGAAAUGGGCUGCUUAAUGAAAGCCCUGUAGUGCAUUGAUGAUUCUACUGGAUUGAACUAUUGUAUCAUCAUUAAGGAAUUUAGUAGAUAUGUUUUUCACUAAUCCUUAAACUCAGUUUACAUAGUCAGGAAUUUUCAGUUGUAACCAUAACUCUUGUGCUUCUGAACUGUGAGCUUGUGAAUGAAAUCAAAGUGUCUGAUAGCUGGAAAACACACACAGGAAUGUUUGACUUUUAUUAUUUUCUGGACUGCCUCUUGUUUUGAGGGGAUGGAGCAGAAGCUGAUUUCUUGCUUCUCUAAUAAUAGUAUAUUAUAUUAUUAUUAUAUAGUAGUAUAUUUAUUUCUGCUUAGUGUAAAGAAUACACUUGCCGACAUUAAAGCACAGGAACAUUUGCUAAUUAAUUUUGUAUGAGGACUGUAUCUACUCUAGUAAAUGGAAAUGUAGACACUCAUCCAAUUAAUUCUGUUUGUUCACCAUUUUGAUUGUAAAACUCAAUUUGUUUUGCUGACCAAAGUAAUUGUAAUAACUACACUGGGUCUAAUGUGUCAAGUUAGGUGGGAAUUACUGUGAUUUUUUUUAACAUACCGUAUCUUAGUUAUCAUUCAUAAUGAAUAAAUAAGCUAGUGUUACCUAUUCAUGAAUAGCUUUGAUUCUGCAAUUCCAUUCUUUUCAGUAAGACACAGUUCAACCUUUUGUUUGUUAAGAAAGUUCCUUAAAAUUUGAUAUACAAUUUUUAUGCUUA